AUGGACAGUGACCAAGAGUCAUCCGAAUGUCCGUUAUGUUUGGAAGUACUUGAAGCGGAUGAUUUAAACUUUUUUCCAUGUACAUGUUGUUAUCAAAUUUGUCGGUUUUGUUGGCAUCGCAUUCGAACAGAUGAAAAUGGUUUAUGCCCUGCUUGUCGGAAACCGUAUAGUGAGAAUCCAGCGCAAUUUAAACCAUUAACUGACGAAGAAAUUCAACAAGUGAAGCGUGAUAGAAAGCUAAAAGAAUCCCAUAAAAAGCCGAAGAUCACUGAGAGUCGAAAACAUUUGGCAAAUCUUCGAGUCGUUCAACGUAAUCUUGUAUUUGUCAAUGGUCUUCCAUCACGUUUAGCUGAUACCGAACUAUUGAGACGAAAUGAUUACUUUGGUAAAUAUGGUAAAAUAGUUAAAUUAGUUACAUCGCCAGCACAUAAUGGACAACAAAAUUCUAUAUGUGUGUAUAUAACUUAUUCGCGAUCAGAAGAAGCACUACGUGCCAUUCAAGCGCUUUGUAAUUAUCAUGUGGAUGGUCGAACGUUAAAAGCGACGUUGGGUACAACCAAAUAUUGUAGUCGAUAUCUGAAAGGUGCCUCAUGUCAAAAAGCAGAUUGUCUGUAUCUACAUGAGCCAGGUGACCCACUAGCGAGUUUUACUAAAGAACAAAUGCAACAAGGUCUUCAUCUUGAAUACGAACGAAAACUCAUGGAACAGUAUACGAAUAAAACUGCAUCGGGACAGUCAAAUACGACACCAAAGAGCACACGAUCUAUUGUAAAUGGAAGUAAAAAUAGUUCACCACAACGACGAAAACAUCCAAAUCAAGCUGCAUCUUUACUACCAACGACUGAUGGCGCAAUAACAACCAAUGGACAUUCAGAUUUUGAAUCAGGUGAUGAAAUACAUCAUCAUUCAUUAAAUGGAUAUACGACAGAAACAUUUACCAGUACAACUGCCAUAAAUGUUGAUUCUGAUACGACUUCGACAUCAUCUCAAACAUCAUCUGAACACGAUCCACAAAUUACACCGUCAACCAUUCAAACUCAGACAUACAAUAACAUUUCUCCGAAUCCCAAUUGGUCAGAAGAACGAACAUCGUUUUUCGCAACUAAUAAUAAUAAUAAUAAUAAUCUCGCGUCAUCUCAAUCAUUACUACUACCGCCACUACCAUCGACAUCACUACCAACGUCAAUAAAUAAACCUUUAUCUCAGACAUCAACAUCUGUAAACACACCUGUUGCCGCGCUGUUAUGUUCGCCGAAGCUUACUAAUAAUAAUUUAUUAACAGAAUCAACUAAUAAUAAUCAUACAGUGAAGAACUUUGAUCAAAUACCUGAAUAUAAACUAUUUAGUUCGAAUAAUCCACCUUUACAUAAUCUUCUUUUUUGUAAUAACGAAAAUGGUCAACAGUCUCAUGGACCAUUGAUCAAUGGCAUCGAUCACGACGUGAGAGAAAUCGAAAAACGAUUAUUGGAAAACGGCCUAAAUAAUGGUGAUACAUCUUACUCUCAAACACAAGAAAAUGAUGAACUUGGUUUUGAUCCAUGUAGUUUGUUUAUGUCUGCACUUGCAUCUGAUAUUGAAGAUGAACGACGACCUUUGCCAUCAACAUUAACAUUUCGUUCAACAAAUAAUAAUUCUUACAAUUACCCUAUUCAAUAUUCAUCCACAACGAAUUCAUCUGUUGGGCAAAUCAAUCCAAAUUGGUUGUUACAACAGCAGCAAUAUCAACAUUACCAUGAUCAACAACAGUCACAACCGACGAUACAUAGUAACGGUACCAUGCCACAAAAACAACCGCAGCAACAACAACGAUAUCCAAUAUCAUUCAAUGGUUCAUCACCGAGACAGAUGUGGAAUGGCAAUCAACAACAAUCACAAUAUCCAUCACAGCUGCCAAUCCGUUUAGACUUUUCAAAUCAAAAUCAACAACGACUUCCACCGAGACAACCGUCACCGUCAACACAAUAUUCUCAGCCGAUGAAUAGUACAAACAAUACUAAUCACAACACUUAUUCUUCGAAUAGUACAGUGACCAGCAACACAUUAGCAAGCGAUCGGUGGCAAAAUUUACCAUGGACAGAUCCGGCGAUAAUAUCAUUCGGAAGUAAACUCGAUCCCGUGUCCGCAUCAUCAUCACCAUCACAAUGGUCCACAACUACGCAAUCACAAGGAUCUUCCACAAUGUCCUCAGGAACAAAUCUCAUACCGACGUCUCGUUGGUCGCAACAGCAGCAAUCGACCCAAUCACAAUCACAUAUGAUUCCCAAUGGAAUCUACUCGCCAUAUUCAACAGCGCCAGGUGUCGAUCAUGGAAAUCGUUCGUAA